GAUCUAACUUCCAGGAUGGGGGCCGCUGGGGGCGGCCGGCUGCUUCGCCUCCUGUGGCUUUUGCUCUUCAGCCUCGCCAUGGUUUUCGCCAAAGUGACAGAGAGCCGAGGGAUCCUGGAGAGCAUACAGAGGUUCUCCUUGCUGCCAACGUACCUGCCCGUGAGUUACCACAUCCACAACACAGACAUCUCCUUCUUUCUAAAAGAAGCCAACCAGGAUAUCAUGAGGAACUCAAGCCUUCAGUCCCGGGUUGAGUCCUUCCUGAUCUAUAAAUCUAAGCGGCCGCCUAUACUGAACGCUACCUACGGACCUUUUUCUAUUGAACAAGUAGUUCCUCAGGACCUGCUGUCCCCUUCGAAUCCCUUUGGAUCUGCCGCGCCCAAGUUCUCCUUCAACUGGAAGCUGAAGGCGUACAUCCUGAACGACAAAAUCUAUCCGAGUAGGCCCAAAGUCCAGGUUUUGUUCUACAUCGUCGGGAGGGACUGGGACGACUACAGCGUUGGCGAAAGACUGCCCUGCUUACGGGUCUUUGCUUUUCGAGAAACUAGGGAAGUCCGAGGCAGCUGUAGGCUGAAAGGGGACCUAGGAUUAUGCAUGGCGGAGCUGGAACUUCUUCCCAGCUGGUUUAACCCACCCACGGUGGUCGCCGGCCGUAAGAAACUCCUGAAUCAGUUGGAAGGGAGUCCUGUGGAACUUUACUAUGCUAUCCAACAGGGAAAUGACAAAGGGGAUUGUGCGAAGGAAGUCCAGAGGAAAAAUAACGGGAUCAGACCUGGACGCAAUGAUAUUGACGAGUCGGGGCCCCCCUUGCAGAGGAUUGGGACCGUUUUCCUUUACCAGACUCCCAGCAGCCCUCCCUUGAGUGAAAUGAGGCUGGACAGUAACGUUGCAAUCCUGUAUAUGCCAAAGACCGUGAAACAAGGAGAUGUGUUGACCUUUCUGGUGACUAUCGCUAAGAACUCAUCGGAGGACCAGUUCACAUUAAGGGCAAAGGUGAAGAAAGGUGUGAACGUUUUCAGCAUCCAGGCUAGCAAUCCAUACACGUGGGACGUCCAAAAGAGCGUGGACUAUUUGGGGAAAUAUGCGCCAGCUGUCAUCUUCUGUCGGAGGAAAACUGCUCCCCCUGGAAAGAGCACGGACGCCCCCCCUUCUGAGAUCAUGCAAAUCAGUUUUGAAAUUGAAGAACUUAGUGACCUGCCAGAGACCCAGCUUAUUACGUGGCAAGUGGAAUAUCCCGGAGGUAGAACGUCUGACCUCGGUAUCUCCAAAAUCUACAUAAGCCAGAAGGAGCUGGUCGGUGUUCUUCCCUUGGCUAUGGAAGCAGAGAUCUUGAACACAGCAAUUCUCAAUGGGAAGACAGUAGCUGUUCCUGUCAAAGUGGUCUCGGUGGAAGAGGAUGGAACGGUCAUGGACCUUCUAGAUUCAGUAGAGUGCAGAUCGUCUGAUGAAGAUGUCAUUAAGGUCUCUGACAGAUGCGACUACGUUUUCGUCAAUGGGAAAGAAAUGAAAGGGAAAGUGAGCGCCGUCCUUCAUUUCACCUACCAGCACCUGAGUGCCCCACUAGAGAUGACCGUCUGGGUGCCCCGUCUCCCUCUCCAGAUUGAGGUUUCGGACACAGAGUUAAACCAGAUCAAGGGGUGGCGGAUUCCCAUUGUCUCCAAUAAGAGACCGGCUAGAGAUAGCGAUGAUGAAGAGGAAGAUGAGCGGAAGGGAAGGGGCUGCACCCUCCAGUACCAACACGCCAUGGUGCGAGUCCUCACGCAGUUCGUAGCCGAACCCUCCGAUCCCGGAGGCCAGACGGCAUACUUGUUGGGUUCUGACUGGCAGGUGGACAUUACCGAGCUAGUGAAAGAUUUCAUGCAAGUGGAAGAGCCGAGAAUCGCAAAACUUCAGGAUGGACAGAUGUUGGUUGGCCAGGAGUUAGGAAUGACAACUAUCCAGAUUUUGUCCCCACUUUCUGACGCCAUCUUGGCCGAGAAGACUGUGACUGUUCUGGAUGAGAAGGUGACCAUUACUGACCUGGGAGUCCAACUGGUGACCGGCCUUUCACUCUCGCUGCAACUGAGCCCCGGAAGCAACAGGGCCAUUUUUGCCACAGUGGUCGCCCAGGAAAUCCUUCAGACACCACAACAGGAAGCAGCUGUUAGUUGCUGGAUCCAGUUCAGUGAUGGGGCCGUCAUGCCCUUGGACAUGUAUGACCCCAAAGACUUCUCCUUGGUAGCAACCUCUCUAGAUGAGAAGGUGGUGUCCGUUCACCAAAGCCCCAAAUUCAAAUGGCCCCUCAUCGUUGCCAAGUCAGAAGGUCAAGGCCCACUGGUGAGGGUAGAGAUGGUGAUCAGUGAAUCGUGCCAGAAAUCCAAAAGGAAAAGCAUUAUGGUUGUUGGGAACGGAAAUAUCAAGGUCAACUUCGGGCAGAAUGACGCUAAUCCCAACACCAGUGACAGCCGGCGCAGUGGAGCCGGCGUGCACCUGGAAAAGCAUACCAGCAACAGGCAUCAGAAGACAACUCUGAAGGAGAGAUCUCAGGAAGAGGGGCCGUAUUACAGCUCAUCAAUGGGCCAUGAGGAAAACCGAGGGGCCACCACUCAGAAGUCCAUUCUGAGCAAAAAAGAGGACCGAGAAAGCCUUCUGGAUGAUGACAGCCAUAUGCAAAACAUCCCAAUAGACUUCACCAGCUUCCCAGCGCAGGUGGACCUGCCCAAGAGCAAUGGUGAUUUGGAAGAGAACGACCCUCUGGAGACCCCCAGGGGCCUGAGCGACUUGGAGAUCGGGAUGUAUGCUUUGCUCGGAGUCUUCUGCCUGGCCAUUCUAGUCUUCCUCAUCAACUGCGUCACUUUUGCCUUGAAGUACAGGCACAAGCAGGCUCCCUUUGAAGAACAAGAGGGCUUGAGCCAUUCUCAUGACUGGGUAGGGCUGAGCAACAGGACAGAGCUGCUAGAGAAUCACCUCAGUUUCCCCCCGCAGCCAGAGGAGUGCAUUACAGCUAUUGACCGCGGCAUGGACUUGGAGGAGAGCAAAUACCUCCUCAAUGCCAACUCCCCCAAAAACCUCAAUGGGCAAGUCUUCCGGUCCUCGGACUCGGCUCCGUUCCCAGAAGGGAAGGAGCAGAAGAGCGAGCCGACCGCCUCACCAACCUCCAAGCGGAAACGAGUCAAGUUCACCACCUUCACCACCAUCUCUUCCGACGGGGAGUGCCCCACCGUCAACUCGAUCUUGACGAGCAGCGAGGAUGACAUCAAGUGGGUUUGUCAGGACAUGGACCUGGGAGAGUGUAAAGAACUGAGAAACUAUAUGGAAAGGUUACAUGAAAAUGCAUAACGCUCCACUAGGAGCUGUUUGGGGUGUGUUACUUUUUCCCCACUCACCUUUUUGCCUUUAAUUUGGGGGGUGUUGGGUGAAAAAACAAAAGUGAACAAAUGGUGGCUGGUUUGGUUUCCGAGGAAAGGAGGCGGAGUUCGGAAGAGUUGCUUCUCUUUGCACUCAGUAGCGUGCGGGGAGUACUCAGAAGCAAGGCAACGUCGAUGGGGAUUUUUAAAAAAAACGGACAUAAAAUUAGCGUUGAGGUUGCCCAGGAAAUGGUUUAAGAGAAUCGUUAAGGACAACACAAAAUGGGGAAUUUGCAAAACGUACGCCGGUUUUAAUUCUCAGGAUAACGAGGCUGUGGUUCGAAGUUAGAGGCAGGCUCCGGUGGGGAGGGGAGUGAAACUUUAAAGGUCACCCAGCAAGAUGAGGAAGAGAACAUCGGGAUAAAAACAAUCCUGAAAAGGGCUGUCAAAACCAGAAAUAUGAUGACAGCAGCGUUGACUUGCUGAAUUACGGAGUUAGGAAGGCUCAGAAAGGCCAGGGACAUUAGUACUGAGUUUAAUGUUCUUCAGUUUUAACGUUCACUGUGGAAACAGUGGUUUGGCAGAUACAGGCAAUCCCCUACAGUGCCGUGAUCCUGACUUCAUUUAUGGCUGUUCGAAAUGGUUUGCACCUCUGUAUACGUUUGGAUCCAAGGAGCUUCUUUACAAUAAAUCGGCAAGACAGGUAA